AUGAGCUCUCGACUUGUUUCAAGUGAUGCAACUACCAAGGUCGAUGCUCCUUUUCGCGAAGCUGUUGGUGCGUUGAUGCACCUGACCACUGCAACGCGUCCGGACAUUGCGUUUGCUGUGGGCUAUGUGUCGCGGUUCAUGGAAAAUCCCCAAGAAGAACACUGGGUUGCAGUUAAGCGUAUCUUUCGCUACCUACAAGGCACCAAGACGCAUGGAAUUUGCUACAAGCCAAGUGCAAGGAUCGACUUCCGUGGAUAUUCGGAUGCGGAUUGGGCUGGUGAUCUUACCGACCGCAAGUCAACAUCGGGGUACACGUUCAUGCUACUCGGUGCGCCAGUCAGUUGGGGCAGCAAGAAGCAGCCAAGUGUUUCGUUGUCCACGAGUGAAGCCGAAUACAUCGCACUCAGCUUGGCGAUUCAAGAGGGCAAGUGGAUUCAUCGUCUGCUUUGUGAGAUCGUGAUGGCUGCCAAUGAAGAAGGACCGGAACUCAUGAUCCAUGAAGACAAUCAGUCGUGUAUCAAGAUGACGAAGAACCCAGUCAACCACGGCCGUGCCAAGCACAUUGAUAUCAAGUACCAUCACAUCCGUGAUGAGGUCAAGCGCGGUGAAGUGAAGCUCAAGUACUGUGAAACUGCGGUGAUGUUAGCGGACAUCAUGACGAAGGGACUUCACGGGCCACGCCACAAGGAGAUGACGGCGACUCUCGGGAUUCGUGAGCAUUCGGAUUGA